AGCCAUACAAACUAAACCAAACUACAUACAAAUACCGCACACCCCAUAACCCUAAUCUCCCCAUCCAUCAUCCCCCAUUUCAUCCGCCUCUUCCACAGACAGAGCUCGCAAUUCAGAGAGGGAAAAAUGGUGUCGGGUUCAGGGAUCUGCGCGAAGAGGGUGGUGGUGGACGCCAGGAACCACAUGCUCGGCCGCCUCGCCUCCAUUUUGGCGAAGGAACUCCUGAACGGGCAGAAGGUCGUCGUCGUCCGCUGCGAGGAAAUCUGCCUCUCCGGCGGCCUCGUUCGGCAGAAAAUGAAGUACCUGCGCUUCCUCCGCAAGCGUAUGAACACCAAGCCCUCUCAUGGCCCCAUCCACUUCCGCGCUCCUUCGAAGAUUCUCUGGAGGACUAUUCGUGGUAUGAUUCCUCACAAGACUAAGAGAGGAGAAGCUGCUCUUGCUCGUCUUAAGGUUUAUGAGGGUGUACCUCCACCGUAUGAUAAGAUAAAGAGGAUGGUUAUUCCAGAUGCUCUCAAGGUUUUGAGGCUCCAAGCUGGGCACAAGUAUUGCCUAUUGGGACGACUGUCAUCGGAAGUGGGAUGGAACCACUAUGAUACUAUCAGGGAGUUGGAGAAGAAGAGGAAAGACAGAGCUCAGGCAACAUAUGAGAGGAAGAAGCAGUUGAUUAAAUUGAGGGUUAAAGCUGAAAAGAUUGCGCAAGAGAAGCUUGGUUCCCAACUUGACGUUAUUGCUCCGAUCAAAUAUUAAUGUUAGUGUUGUUCUUUGGCGUGACAAUUUUGAGGGUUAAUGAUUUGCAUUUUGGAUUUAUUUCUAUUAGUGGUUCAUCUCCAGGAGUAUUUUGCUUUUAUCAAGUCAAAUUAAAUUGGAACUUUAUUCAUCA